ACCGCAGCGCGUCUGCGCCGCUCAAAACAGCCGGCUUCUGUUUGAGUUUAGCAGGGCAGACCGGCGUCUCAAAGCCCAGGAGAGCUCGGCUCUCACGAAGGCACGUCCUAAUUGCACAGAGAGGAUGUGCCCUGAACCGCCGCUACCCGGGAGCGCCGUUCUGCUUCGCGCCGUGCCUUCUUGUCCGGGUUUUAUUCACAUCGGACUGCGGAGCUAAGAGGAGCAACACAUUUCAGGAUCCCGAGCCAAAGGGACGCACCGCCGAAGCCUGAGGACGGAAAGCCUGUAAACGCAAGGAACGAUGUUUAAAGGGGGCACCACCAAGGUGGCGCCGCCCAAGACGGGAGCCCCGGACCGGGGACGGCUGCCGUCCUCGAUCUGCCAUACUACCGCCACCCUGAGCAACAGCAGCGCAGCGACGAUAAGGACGUCCAGGUCGUCCAGCACCAUCGCUUCUGAUCUACGACUCAGCCGGCUCAAGCGGGCGAGCAGCGACGACGCCCUGGCCAAACCCGCUCCAGGACCAGCAGCUCCAGCGUCUCGCUUAAAGAAGACCGUCACCACCGGGGCCAUUUCAGAGCUGGCUGAGAACAGACCACGCAGCCUGACGGGUAUGAGAGAAAGCAAGUGA